GAUCACGUAGUAUCGGUAAUCGCGGCGGCCGUUUCCCCAAACAGAUUAGGGUUUCUUCAGCUCCCCCACCCAAAUCCGAGACGAAGGAGAUCACUCCUCCUGCUUCCUCGCAGUUGGAGAGCCGCCGCGUCGAAUCCGAGUCGAAGGAACGGAUUCGUCUGUUCGUAUUCGCCAGCCCUUCCAUGGAGUUCGAUAACUCUCACGACGGCGAGCUGGAACCCUUGAUCCAGAUUCAAGCUCAAGAGUGCGAUAUCGACCAAGCUAUAACGAUCGACCCUCUGGGGCAUGAGUCGGCAGCAGAGCUCCUCUCCGUUCCGCCUGAAGUUUCCGGAGAAGGACGGGAGUUGGAGGUCGACGUGUCUGCUCAAGUUGCAUCCGGAGGUCCAGACGAACCUGCUCUCGGGGUGGAGUUCGACUCUCCGGAAGACGCCAGAGCUUUCUACUCUACGUACGCCGAGCGCAUUGGCUUCCGUAUUCGCAACAGCAAGUCAUUCACCUCCCGAGUCGACGACACAGUGAUCAUGAGGCGCUUCGUGUGCUCCAAGCAGGGCCGUCCGUCGAAGAAGGACCCUUUUGACCUUACCAAGAAGCGGCGCAACCGGUCGUCCUCCCGGGAAGGUUGCAACGCAAUGCUCCAGGUCAACCGUCGUGACAAUGGCCGAUGGGCUAUCUCAAGGUGCGUGCUUGACCACUGCCAUUCGCUUGGUAUUCUCCCCAAUCCAUCGCCUUCUGUGCAGAAGAAACUUGCAAAGAAGCCUUGGGAACUGCUGGUCUGCCCGGCUGCUGAAACCCAUCAGAAUGGGUUAGGUCCUGGUGGCGGUGUGGCACAGAGCCUGUUGGAAUACUUUAAAAAGAUGCAGACCGAUAAUCCUGCGUUCUUUUAUGCAAUUCAAGUUGACCAGAAUAAUUGUGUCUCUAAUGUUUUCUGGGCUGAUGCCCGAUCAAGGAUGGCAUAUAGCUACUUUGGCGAUGUUAUUGUCUUUGACAUGACCUGCAAAAGAAACAAGCGGGUGGUGCCCUUUGCAACCUUCACUGGGAUGAACCACCAUAGGCAGCUUAUUUUAUUUGGUUGUGUAUUCAUGACUGACGAGAGUGAGGCUUCUUUCAUUUGGUUGUUUGAGACAUGGCUUGGAUUGAUGAGUGGAUGUAGGCCAGUUUCUUUCAUCACUCCUUACAAUGAGUCCAUUGCUUCAGCUGCAGCUAAGGUGUUUCCAAAUGUUCGGCAUAGAUUUUGCAAGAGGGACAUUUUCAGUAAGUGCAAGGAUAAGCUCUUAGGAGUUUAUUCUCAACACUUAUCAUUUAAGGGCGAAUUCAAAAAGUGUGUGAACGAAUCUGAAACUGUCGAAGAAUUUGAUUCUUGUUGGAGAUCAUUGCUUAGCAGGUAUAAUUUGGAGGAUAAUAUGUGGUUACAAGAACUUUAUGCAAUUCAGCAGAAAUGGGUUCCUUUGUUCUAUAGAGGCACAUUCUUUGGAGAAUUUUUUGGUGCUCCAAAGUUGGAAACUAUGUACAAAUUUUUCCAGAGGCAUUCAAUAACAACCACCACUUUACGUGAUCUAGUUACUCAAUUUGAUAAAGCAAUGGUGGGACAAUUUGAGAAGGAACUACAGGCAGACUUUGAUUCAAGUCACACCAAGCCUGUUUUGAGGACUCCAUCACCUAUGGAAAAGCGAGCAUCUGAAGUAUACACAAAAACAAUUUUUGCAUUAUUCCAGGAGGAACUUUCAGAGUCAGCUGGCUUUUUGAUGGAGAAGGUCACAGAUGGUGUUGUUAGGAUACAAUGUAGGCAUGUGCUUAGAGUUUUGAUAAUUACUGGCAUUCUUACACUUCCGGAUGAAUACAUCUUGAAAAGAUGGACCAAAAAUGCCAAGAGUUCUGGUUUUUCUUGUGAGGACCAUAGUGUAUAUCAAAAUAAUUCUGGAAAAAAUUUGACUUGGCGAUGCAAUGAUCUUUGUCGUGAUGCCAUUAAGUUUGCAGAGGCAGGGGCUACCUCUGCAGUAAUAUAUAAAGUUGCUAAGGGGGCUCUGCAAAAGGCAUUUGCUGAAAUAUUUGCUGCUAAGAAAGGUUCCUUCUCCAAUGCACCAGGAAGGUGAAAUACUUUUUGUUGAUUGUUGGUGGGAAGAAAAGUUCUAGUGGCCAAGUUCUGUUUGCAGCAAAACUUGAGCACCAGAACUGCAGUUGAGACCGUGAGCUCGAACAAAGCUGGAAAAGUGCUCUAAGAAAGUCCCUGUAUCAAUUUCAGAUAUGAUCACCAAGAUUUUCUAUUGGUUUACGAACGUGCCAUUUUAUCCCGUAAGGGAAUGGCGUAUUAAUUGGUGUUUGACUAUGAAGAUGAUAGUUGCUGUUGAUACCAUCUGACAGCAAAUGUGAUUUUCCACGAUGGUGGUGUAUCAUUCAUUCACGGUUCUUUCACCAGUAGUAUUCAGAAAAGGAUCCAACAUUUAUCUGGAAAACUGCAAUGAGAAAGUGAGACUUGCCAAUAUCGAGGAUGUAACAUACUUACAUUGUUUGAAUUGUUUUACAACAAAAAGGAGGCAAAGAGGCAAACUUGAAGCAUCGCAGGCCAAUGGUUUGCUUUUGAAGAACUGCAAAGCAUAAAUAGAGGUUGGUGAUUGGUAAAUCAUAUGUGGAAUACAAGAAAGCUAUUUUGAACUUCUAAGGGGAUGCAACUUUAUGCAUUUACAAGGACAUGAAUAAAAUAUGCUUUAGUUAAACUUCUAAAGAGAUUAUACCGUGCAAUGUUAGGCAUGUAGAAUGAGAGAGAACACAAAUCAUUUUCCAGCAAGAAAUUGUCAUCAAGAACAUGCUAAAAUAUUGCCAAGAUAAGAACAGUGAAGAGAUGUUUCCUGUAUCCGCUGCCUGGCCACUAAAAGGAAACAUCUCUUUACUAAGAUGUUGAGUACAGGAAUGUGAGUAUAACUUCAUACGUAGCAUGCACAGUUCAAAAGAGGAGGAUUACAUUCUACACAUCAUUUAGGACCAAAAAUUUGAAUACUUGACGACCACCCGUUACCUUACAUCUCUCACAAUGUCUUGGUCCCCCUCCAUGAUGUGAGGUACCACGCCCAUGGAGACUCCAUAUGCUUGGCAAGCCAAAUGGAUGCAAAGAUCCAGUCCCCUGUGCUAACCAAAUUUAUACUCCUGGCUCCAUCUAACAACAACAACAACCUAAUAUUAUCCCACUAGGUUGGCUUCUUGGCUCCAUCUGACAUGAAAACUAAAUUAUGAAUCCUACAAAUUGAUUCCCCUCCAUAAAUAGAAUCUUUGCUUAAGAUGCCCCCGCCAUGGUGUAAGUUUCAUCUCGCCACAAUGCCCCUAACUGCCCUCCCCUGUGUCUCACCCAGUGUGCACACUAGUCUCUCUGCAUGCUCUAUCUCAGUGGUUACAACUUAGCUAAGCUUGCAAUGAUCACAAGUCUUCUCCUCUUUUGUUUCUUCUUCCCCCGUUUCUUUUA